AUGCUGCCCUCGAACUCCGCCAUCCAGACCGACCGCCUCAUCCUCCGCUUCAAAGACCCGAACGUCGAGGACCAGUACCUGGCAGAGGUGGCGUCCCGGCGCUGGCCCGUCCUGAUGCUCAUCAUGAUCUUCGACACCUCGUCCUUCGUCUUCCGCUUCAUCUCCAAGGCCACGAAACCCGGCUCCUCCGUCCGCGACCUGCUCGAGUCCUUCAUGCAGCAGCUCACGAACAUGACCCUCCUCUACAUGUUCCUCGGCAUGAUCUACCUCUGGGCGCGGCGCCACAAGGGCCGCGUGUCGCGGCAGGAGGAGCUGGUGCUGUCGUCGAUCAUGGCGCUCGCGAUCACCUGCCUCCUGCUCAACAUGUCGAACAGCCAGGACUACGUCCUCUUCGCCUUCUUCCUGAUCUGCAUCACGACGUUCAUGCAGAUCCGGUGGUGGGUGGGGUCGCUGUGUUUGCUCGGGCCAACCGCGCUCGCGGUGCACUGGAUCGGCACGGGGCGGCUGUUCCAGAAGGACGGGCGCAACGUGCGCGACCACAUCAUCAUGGCGUUCAUGGUCGGCGCGCUGAUGUCGUACCUGGCGGAGACGUACCGGCGGCAGAUGUUUGCCAACCACAAGCUGGCCGCGCACCUGGCCGCGAAGGAGCUGAUGCAGGCGCGCGCGCGGAUCCUCGCGCAGCGGCAGCUCACGCUCGCGCAGCAGGAGGCGGCGUCGCGGCAGGUCACCAUUGAGCGCGAGCAGGCGGCGAACGAGGCGAAGAGCGAGUUCAUGUCGCUCAUGUGCCACGAGGUCCGCACGCCGCUCAACGGCUGCCUCGCGUCCGCGGAGAUGCUCCUCGAGAGCGCGCUGGGCGAGGAGCAGUUCGAGCUGGCCAACACCAUUCGUGUUUCCGGGUCUAUCCUGCUCUCCACGGUCUCCAACUUCCUGGACUUCUUCAAGAUGGAGGCCGGGAAGCAGCUCGACAUCGUCCGCCGCGAGGUCGACCUCCACGAGCUCGUCAACGACGUGCACCUCAUCAUCGACGCCAUGAUCGACCGCGAGGGGUCCGUGAAGCUGCUCAAGCCCGACACGCUGGGGCUCCCGCCCGUGAUGUCGGACCCGGACCGGCUGCGCGGGAUCCUGCUCAACUUGAUGACGAACGCGGUCAAGUUCACCAAGCAGGGGCACAUCUUCGUGCGGGUGCGCGUGGUGCGGCAGGGGCAGUUCCCCAUCCCGGAGGACGCAGUGGACGAGCGGUCGGAGGAGGACGAGGAGCCCGAGCAGGCGGAGAUGGCGAUGCGGCACUCGUACAUCUGCAAGAUCCCCCAGGACGAGGAGAACAACGGGAUGCGCGGGCGCGAGUCCAUCACGCUGCCCUCGCGGCGGCACAAGCAGGGCUCGUUCAUGAAGCGUCCGUCGAUGCAGGUCGUCCGCGAGAUGCGCGGGCAGAAGUCGAUGGACAACAACCGCCUGCCCAGCAACGCGCCGGGCGGCGCGGCGCGGCGCGGCGCCCUCACGCGCGUCAGCGAGGGCUCCGAGAAGGAGUCCUUCGCCGCGGCCGGCAACUCGGGCCGCGGGCCCUCGCGCACGCCCUCGGGCCGCGCCACCGUCGCCCGCCACACUGGCAACGCCAGCGUCGGCACACCGCACUCCAACAGCCACCACCGGCUCUCCACGCGGUCCGUGCUCGACGCCGCAGACGAGCAGGCGUCCGCGCACAGCGCAGACGCGUGCGCGAACAGCGCAACCGGCAGCGCAACGCCGGCGGCCAACGGCACGGCGAAUACGUCCACCACGGAGGCCGGCGAGCCGGACCGGAACAGCAAGGGCUCGUCGCGGCGCGCGUACGCGAUGUCCGUGCCGCGCGACUCCGAGGACAGCACGUACUGGCUGAUCUUCGAGGUGGAGGACACGGGGCGCGGCAUCGCCCCCGGGGGACUCAGAAACCUGUUCAAGGACUUCGUGCAGGGCUCCGAGGCCGAGAUGCAGCGCCCGCGCGAGACCGGCGGCACGGGCCUCGGCCUCAGCAUCUGUUCCAAGCAAGUCAACUUCCUGGGCGGGCGCAUUGGUGCGCACUCCAAGCUGGGCGCGGGGUCCACGUUCUGGUUCAACGUGCCGCUCUCGCUGCCGUCGUCGCAGCGCGACAAGUGGACCUUCAAGCGGUACCUCGGGGAGCGCGCCGCGGCGCUUCCGUCCGGGCGGAAGUCGAUCGACCGCUCGGAGCGGGAGGUGUUUACGCCAAUCACGACGCGGGCGUCGCUGCGCGCCGCGCAGCAGUACAGCCGGCGGAGCAUCGACGGGAUCAAGCGGCGCUCGCAGGACGUGAGCGGCAGUCUGUCGGACGCGCCCGGGUCGCUCGCGGGCGGCCUGAUUCCGCUACCGACUCUGGCGCCGCACGUGCUGUCGCCGACGGGCCGCGCGAGCAUCCAGCGGCGGUCGCUGGACCGGUACUCGAUCGAGCAGGCGCGCAUGGUGAUCAACAACACCGCGGGGCGCGGGUUCGAUCCGGGCGCGAUGCAAAUCGCGCACACGUCGUCGCUGUACGGCAUGUCGGCCUCGCGCGCGACGGCCCUGCCCGACACGGGCAAGCUCGCGCCGCCGCCGGCUGUCGCGGCGGCGCAGGAGGCGCAGCGCGCGGCGGUCGCGACCCAGGCGGCGUUCGACGCUUGGAAACAGUGCGCGCCGUCGCCGCGCAGCCGGGACGACCGCGCUUCCGAGGAGGCGCGCGAAAGCAACCUGCCGCCGCUGUCGCGCGUGAGCGAGUCCGCGGAGGAGAACGCGGAGCAGCUUGAGAGCAUCUGCGAGGCGAUCAGCGGCCUCCCGCAGCAGCUGCGCAGCGAGGUGUUCUCGCACCUCGGACAGCAGCUCAAGUGCCUGCCCGUGCCGCUGCUGCGCCGGCACCGCUCGGAGAGCCUCAGCAAGAUCAUGCUGCAGCAGCCCGGCCACGCGCUCGCGGGGAUCGGCGAGGAGGAGGCGGCGGAGCGACAGGGUAGCGAGUCUGGCUCCUGGUCGCGCCCGGGGGCCGGGAAAGGCUCGGUGUUCAACGCGGAGGCGCACGGGGACGCCGCGCAGAGCGCGCGCGUCGCGAGGUUCGGCGAGGGCGCGGACUCGUCCGAACACAGCCACAAGGGCAAGGGCAGCAAAUCUGAAUCCCUCGACCUGCGCGCGCCGAGCCUGACGUUCCCGAGCGUCGAGCGCGUGGACAGCGUCGAGAACAUCGACAAGUACGCGCAGGAGCUCCGCGCGGGCCAGCCCGAGCGCGAGCGCAGCGCGCCUGCCGUCCCGCCGUCGCCGUUCAAGCCCGCGGCGCCGUCGGCUUCGGUCCCGGCGUCGCCGAGCGCCGCGGCGCCGAUCGCGUUCCGGCGUACGACGGGCGGCGGGGGCUCCGGGAACCACUGGGGCGCGCACGGCAGCUCUCACCGCGAGGCCCGCCCGUCGACGUCUGGGCACGGCAACCCCUCGAGCCGGCCGCGGAACUCGUCCGGAACGCUGCUGUCGCUCGACAGGGACCCGAGCUUCAUCAGCGUGGACGUGUCGAACCACAGCAGGAACUCGGUGGGUUCGGAGAGCGACUUGAAGGGUCUGAAGGUGCUCCUGGUCGAAGACAACCACAUCAACCAGAAGGUGGCGUGCAAGCUGAUCAAGCAGAUGGGGAUCGACUGCGACGUGGUGCAGAACGGGCAGGAGGCCGUGGACCGGCUGAGCGACGGCGCCGGGGGGGGGUAUGACGUGGUGUUGAUGGACAUGCUAAUGCCCGUGAUGGGGGGGCUGCGGGCGACGGAGGUGCUGCGGGAGAAGGGCAUCAAGCUGCCCGUGCUCGCGAUGACGGCCAACGCGAGCGACAAGGAUCGCGACGCGUGCCGCGGGGUCGGCAUGGACGGCUUCGUCUCCAAGCCCGUGCUGAAGAGCAGCCUGAGCAAGGCGCUGCUCGGGGUCAUCCACAACCAGGGGUGGGUCGAGUGA